GGAACAGCCCCUCUCUUACGCCCCACCGACGAACGUCCUACGCUACGCCGCCCACAGCUUUAACUCUUCUCGUCUCUCUUUCUAAAAGCCCUAGGGCCCUUUCUUCCCCCUUCUCACACGAUACGAUGGACUCUGCCCCCGAGACUUCCGGUGCGGCGCAGCGCGCGCGCACUGGAGCGCCCUUCGUCCCGCGUCCGUUCCCCCCGCCGUCCCUCGCGGAUGUUCCCCUCGAAUACAUCAUGGACCAACUUCACACCCUGGCCCCCCAGUAUUGGGACCAGCCUGACACGGCGGACUGUACCAUAAUUGUCCCUGUACCAUACCUCAACCCUGCGAACUUUCUCGGCGACGCAACCCCCUGCUCGCCCUUUGAUAUAAUGCCCGCGUCCGCAACCACGUACAACCCCUCCGGGUUGGGGCGGCGAGCGAGCGAGCCCACGCUCCAGUUCGCGCCGCGCAUAUCGCUGAAGCUGCACAUCGAUUACCUGUCAGCCCACUCAAGCUUCCUGCGCGGCCUCUUCAGUGGCGCAUCCCCGCUGGACCUCAUCACGACCACACCCGAAGAGCUCCCUGUCUACUCUAGUGGUGCAUGCUCAUCGGGCCAGCUCAGCGUCCCCGUGAACCGUCUCCCCCGCCUAAUGCCGUCCCCGCCUGACCAUCCCGUGCUCUUCCUCCCAAUCCCGGACCCGACGUCCUUCCACCUGCUCGUCCACUGGAUGUACUUUGGCCACACGCACUUCAUCGAGGAGUGCCUCGUGCAGGGCAUCGUCCAGUGGGAGGGCCUCGCGCGGAACGUCGAGUACCUCGGCUUGACCGCGGACAUCAAGAUCUUCCUGGGCCGCUGGUACAGCGAGUGGCUCCGCCCGGAGGCGGACAUGGAGAGCGAACUGGCGUCCGACGACGAGUCGAUGGCGGACACGGUCAUCAACAGCGACGACGCAGACGCCACGGACAAGGUGCUCGGCGACGGCAUGGCCAAGCUCCAGCUUGAAGCCGCCGCUACGGACGCAGACAUCGCCGCAGAGAAGGCCCAUCUGCGCGGCCGGACGAGGGCCGUGCGCCCCGUCUCCGCCUCCGCCAUCGACGUAUCGUCCCUGCCCAAAUUCGAUUAGGGAGGACCGCCUGCCCCCUUCGCCCUCCGUCCAUCCCCGCACGAUGAACCCUCCUCAUUGCUAUCAUUAUUAAUCUUCAUUGACCUUCUAUUUUGUAUACUUAUCGUUCGCCGUUGCGCUGCGCGACACUCCUUCCCCCGGCGACCCAGACUCUGCCUAGUUUAGUACCCCCCUUCGACUUUCUAAUACGUGCGCCGUAGCACACCCUUUAUUCGAGCUCCCUCCUACCUACCAAACGAAUUUUACACGCCUGUACUGGUAGUAUAUCCGGCACGCUAGUUACCCGGGUCGUAUAGACUCUGGAAAUGUAAAGUCUGGAAACAA